AUGCUUCAGUCAAACAUCUUCACAAGUUUUCAUUAUACAUCAAAACAAGGAAGAAAAAAACAAAACAAAGAUAAUGAUCAAUGCCUUGUCUGUGGAGAUACAUCAGUCGGUAUCAAUUUUGGUGUCUAUACAUGUUCACCAUGUAAAGCAUUUUUUCGUCGGAAUGCUACAAAACUUGGUGCAUAUGAAUUUACAUGUUAUAAAGAUGGUGAUUGUCCAAUAACAUGUGAUACUCGUCAAAAAUGUAGUUGUUGUCGUUUAGCUAAAUGUUUUCGUGUUGGUAUGAAUUCCAAUGCUAUACGCACCGAAGAUGAAAAAUUAGAAAGAAAUCAAUUAAUUGCAUACAAUCGACAAAAACGAAUGGAAAAAACUGGAGCUAUUUCACCAGUUAUUCUUUUAAAACAUUCUCAAAGAACACAUUUAUCUUUAUCAUCAAAUGAUCAAACAUUAUUAGCAAAUAUAUUUAAUGCAUAUGAAAAAACAUGUGUUUCAUUAAGAUUUGAUGAACUUUUAAAAAUGCCUAAUGAUACAACAUUAUCAUUACAAACAUUUAUGAAUUCUUUUUCACAUAUGUAUGUGGCAUUAAUUGAUUAUUUUAAAUCUAUACCUGAAUUUUCAAAUUUAUCCACUGAAAUAAAAAUUGGUUUAUUAAAAAGUAAUCUUAAUCAAACAUUGCGUCUUAAUAAUGUAUUAGUCAUGCAGGCAACAGGUGUUGUUGAUAAUAUUAAUUCAAUUGUAUUUAAAAAUGUUUUUCCAAUAGAUUUAUUUAUUGAAUUAUGUCAUUGUUCUAUGGCUCUUAUGCCGUUUGUUUAUGAUCCUAUUUUUCUUAAAUUAAUAUUCAUUGUAUUAAUUUUUUCAACAAGUUUAAAUAUUCGAUAUGAUACUAACGAACAAAUAAUUCCUACAAAAACUAUUUUAUCAAUACAAAAUGUUUAUAUUGAAUUAUUAUGGCGUUAUAUGCUAUAUCGUUGUUCAACAUAUCGAGAAAGUAUAGGGCUUUUAACAUCAUUUAUUACACGUCUACUUCAUUCUCAAACUGUUGGUGAAAAACUUAGUCAGUACAUAAAUAAAAUAAUAUCAAAUCAUGUUGAUCAAUUAGAACCCAUUAUGAAAUCAAUGUGGUGUAAUGAAAAAAACUGA